CGCACGACGGCGAGUCCCCGACUCGAGUCUCGAAUUCGUUAACCACACGACCAUGUCCGCCAUGACCGCGUCCUUCACGGUCGCGCCCGCGCACGCGCGCGCGACGGCUUCCAUUCGCCGAGCCUCCGCGAAGCGCUCCGGCGCUCGCGCCGUGCGCAAAUCCAUCCGCGCCGAGGCGGUCAAGGAGAAGACGUCCACGCUCAACACGACCAAGUCCGACGCGAUCUUCAAGGCUGCGCAGGACAUCCUCCCCGGCGGCGUCAACUCCCCCGUCCGCGCGUUCAAGUCCGUCGGCGGCGGCCCGAUCGUCUUCGAGUCCGUCAAGGACGCCUACGCGUUCGACGUCGACGGCAACAAGUACGUCGAUUACGUCGGGUCCUGGGGUCCCGCCAUCUGCGGCCACGCCAACGAGCGCGUCAACGCCAAGCUCAAGGCGCAGAUCGACAAGGGCACCUCCUUCGGCGCGCCGUGCGAGCUCGAGAACGUUCUCGGGCAGAUGGUGAUCGACCGCGUCCCGUCCGUCGAGAUGGUUCGAUUCUGCAACUCGGGCACCGAGGCGUGCCUCUCCGUGCUUCGCGUCAUGCGCGCGCACACCGGACGCGACAAGAUCAUCAAGUUCGAGGGGUGCUACCACGGCCACGCGGACCCGUUCCUCGUGCAAGCUGGCUCCGGCGUCGCGACCCUCGGGCUUCCGGAUUCCCCCGGCGUCCCGAAGGCGGCGACGAACACGACGUUGUGCGCGCCGUACAACGACCUCGACGCGGUGAAGAAGAUCUUCGAGGAGAAUAAGGGUGAGAUCGCGGGCGUGAUCCUCGAGCCCGUCGUGGGUAACUCCGGGUUCAUCGUCCCGGAUAAGUCUUUUCUCGAGGGCCUCCGCGAAGUCACGACGGCGAACGGCGCGUUGCUGUGCUUCGACGAGGUCAUGACCGGGUUCAGGAUCUCCAAGGGGUGCGCGCAGGAGUACUGGGGCGUGACCCCGGACCUCACGACGAUGGGCAAGGUCAUCGGCGGCGGCAUGCCCGUCGGCGCGUACGGCGGCAAGAGGGAGAUCAUGGAGGUGGUCGCCCCCGCGGGGCCGAUGUAUCAGGCGGGCACGCUGUCGGGUAACCCGCUCGCGAUGGUCGCCGGCAUCGAGACGCUCGAGAUUCUCGGCGAGGACGGCGCGUACGAGUACAUGGACAAGAUGACGACGAAGCUCAUCAACGGCAUCCUCGAGGCGGGCAAGGCGGCCGGGCACGAGGUGUGCGGCGGGAACAUCCGCGGGAUGUUUGGCCUCUUUUUCUGCGCCGGGCCGGUGAAGAACUUCGCCGACGCCACCAACUCGGACACGGACAAGUUCGCGAGGUGGCACCGGGGGAUGCUCGAGGAGGGCGUCUACCUCGCGCCGUCGCAGUACGAGGCUGGGUUCACCGGGCUCAAGCACACGGAGGAGGACAUCGACUUCACGAUCGAGGCGGCGAAGAAGGUGUUCGCGCGCAUCUAAACAUGAACAACGAGCGAUUAAUAAUUUGCGUGUGAUGAGACGACGACGAGAGACGAGCGAGACUUGAGGAGGACGCGCCGCGCGCGGCGAGAGGAGGACGAGCGACGAGUACAUACCCUUAACCUUACCCACCCCUUCGUUCGGCGACCGCCGUCGGACGGAGUCGCGAUGUCAACGAAACGGCGAGGACAUCGAUGGAUUGAUGCUUUUUUUCAUC